UGCCUGUGCUAAGGAUUGGCUGUAGAAAGGUAGGCUGGGUAAGGAAAGGCCAGAGGGUCCUUCGGACAUCUCUUCUGUCCAUCAAGAAGUGAGGCCGCCACAAUGGGGACCAGACUAACCCUCUUCUUCCUCCUGACCCUCUUUGGCAGCUCACAUGGAACAGGGCCACGAAUGACUCUGCAACUGAAGCUGAAGUAUUCCCUUCUUGCAAAUUCACCCUAUGAUUCCAGCUCCCUGGAAUUGCUCAAGAAGUUCUGCCUCCUCCUCCACCUCCCAUCAGGAACCAACGUCACCCUCAAUCAGGCUGGAUCCCCACAGCACAUUACUUGUGAAGUCUGAGAGCAAUCAGAGCCUGUGCCCCUCUUGGAUGGGGUGUUUGCCCCCUCCCCGCCUGGUGCAGGGGGAAUACCCGGGCCCUGUCUUCCAGCAGGCCCUCACCUGCUAAGUGGCAGGAAAUAUGCUGAAUUAAAUGACUUUGUGGAUUUGUGAGCCCACUGUAAUAAAAGCUUUGGACA